AUGAGCGAAGAUAGUAAUGAUGCAUUAGUAGGUGAAAUCAAUACAGACAAUGUUGAAACACAAGCAUGGUUAAUCAAAGUACCAAAGCAUCUCGCUGAUCAUUGGAUGACCGCUGGUGGUGGUACUGAAAUUGGUAAACUAUUCUUUAAAUCUUCAAACAAUUUGUCAUUAUCUAUCAACUUUAAAGAUAAAGAGAAUAACAAUGGUUAUGUACCGAGUGAAGAGUUACAGUUGGUUACUACACCACUACCAGACUCUAAUCCAAUAAAGAUAUUCUCAGAGGAUACAGAGAAUGCAUUGUCAUUCGAAGGUAGCAUUGGUUUGCGUUGUGACGUCAGAAUGGAUCUAUCAUCACCGGCAUACCGUGAGCUCAUGAAGAGUAGAACUACCUCGUACAACACCAAGACCAGACAAUCAAAGACUAUCGAAGCUAACGAUAGAUCUCAACUACAUAGAGUCUAUUCUAAUCCUGCCAAGAUUGCUGUUAGUACAACUGUUUAUACUAAACCAAAAGGUAAAUCACAAGAAGAUAAAAGAGAAAGAAUGCAAGAAGAAGAUCUUAUUGAUCUUAUUUUCAAGGCUUUUGGUGAGAAACAAUAUUGGUUACUUAAAGAUCUCGUUGCCUAUACUGAUCAACCACAGGUUUGGUUGAAACAAACAUUGGAAAAGAUUUGUACUCUUCACAAGAGAGGUUCACACAGAAACAGUUAUGAAAUCAAACCUGAAUACAAAACAUCGACACAACCAGGUGCCAUUUCUAGUAAACCUGGACUUUAA